CGAGUCUCCACCCGCUGGCCGCGGGUUGUUGGCGAGAGGAGGGGAUCGCUGCGGACGCGAGGAGGGGGACCCUUGCGGCGGGUCCUAUGGCGGAGCCUGGAGUCCGAGAGCCCGAAACUGGGGCCUGCUGCCCCAGUGUUGCUAACGCCACUACGCCCCCACAGCAGCUCUUCCAAGCUCUGGUGUCCGCGCAGUGGGUGGCGGAGGCGUUGCGGGCUCAGCGAGCCGGGCAGCCCCUCCAGCUGCUGGACGCCUCCUGGUAUCUGCCCAAGCUGGGCCGUGAUGCGCAACGCGAGUUUGAGGAGCGGCAUAUCCCUGGCGCCUCCUUUUUUGACAUAGACCAAUGCAGUGACCGCACAUCGCCCUACGACCACAUGCUGCCCAGCGCGGCACACUUCGCGGAGUACGUGGGCAACCUGGGUGUGGGCGCCACCACCCACGUUGUGGUUUAUGACGCCAGCGACCAGGGCCUCUACACUGCGCCACGCGUCUGGUGGAUGUUCCGCGCCUUCGGCCAUCGCGCAGUGUCCCUGCUUGAUGGUGGCUUCCGAAACUGGCUGCGCCAGGGCCUCCCGCUGAGCUCUGGCAAGAGCUGCGCGGUGCCCACCCAGUUCCGAGCCACUCUGGACCCCACGUUUGUCAAGACGUACGAGGACAUCAAGGAGAAUAUCGAGUCCCGGCGCUUCCAGGUGGUGGACUCCCGCGUCGCCGGCCGGUUCCGGGGCACGGAGCCUGAGCCCCGAGAAGACAUUGAACCUGGCCACAUCCCCGGCACGGUGAACAUCCCCUUCGUGGACUUCCUGACCAGCGAGGGCCUGGAGAAGAGCCCUGAGGAGAUCCGCCGCCUGUUCCAGGACAAGACAGUGGACCUGGCCCAGCCUCUGGUGGCCACCUGUGGCUCCGGUGUCACAGCCUGCCACGUGGCUUUGGGGGCCUACCUCUGCGGGAAACCUGACGUGGCCAUCUAUGAUGGCUCCUGGGAGGAGUGGUACAUGCGGGCCCAGCCCGAGGAAGUCAUCUCCGAGGGCCGGGGGAAGACCCACUGAGGCUGGGCAGGAUGUGGCCUGGGAAGCUCUGGGGACACCCAGCCACCAGCUCUGCCCCGCCUGGUCGUUCGGAUGCUAUUGUCACCGGAGGAGCAUUUCUUCCUCCAACCCAGGUGGCACACGGAGUGACAUCCCAGAGGCCAGGAGUUCUUUCUGAUGUGUGGGCUCCCAGUGGUGGCGGAAGAGAAGGUGGCAGUGGGCCCGGGAAGGGGAGCCACCCACAUGUUGCUAGGCCCCACCUCCAUUGUGUUUUACAUUUGACAAUAAAACAGCCAAGUGCUAAGUGCCACCAA